CAAAGAGGAGGCGGGACUUCUCUCCCGGAAGUGGUCCACGUGCUUCCGCCGUGAUCUAUUUGGGCACCCGGCAAGUUUCUAGUAUUUGCUUAAAUUGGCGACACGGUGGGCACUGUGUCUCGCACCAAUCUGUGGACUAGAAAACCAGGAGGAGGUUCCCUGCACGGUGCUGGGCCGAGAUGGAUCCGCUUAGGGCCCAACAGCUGGCAGCUGAGCUGGAGGUGGAGAUGAUGGCGGACAUGUACAACAGAAUGACCAGUGCCUGCCACCGGAAGUGCGUGCCUCCCCACUAUAAGGAAGCAGAACUGUCCAAGGGCGAGUCUGUAUGCCUGGAUCGAUGUGUCUCCAAGUACCUGGAUAUCCAUGAACGGAUGGGCAAAAAGUUGACAGAGUUGUCUAUGCAGGAUGAAGAGCUGAUGAAGAGAGUGCAGCAGAGCUCUGGUCCUGCAUAAGGUCCUCAGACAAUAUACACCUGGGGUGCACCUUGCUCCUCCCAUUUGUUUAAUAAAAAUGCCCCUAUUGGGUGUCGAGUGAAGACUGCCAGGCCUAGGCUUUCUCUGGAGCAUCUCCAGGAGCCCUGGGUGUGGUAGAACUGUCUUGUGGAAGGGAUAGUUGUCACACUGGUAUGUGACUUGUGUAUGUUUGUGUGUAUGUGUAUAUAUAUAUAUAUAUGUAUAUUAAAGCAAGUUUGUUGACACCUA